AUGGACACUGAACUAAUCAGAUGGACAGGUACUGCUUGCACUUGUGUACAUUGUCGGGGUGCCCACCACCUCCUGGAGCUUCACGUUCAUGCUACGACUGGGGAAGACUGUGAGGGAGUCUUUGGGCAGCUGAAGGAAGCACUGGAAGGUGAGAAGAGUAAGAAUUCCUACAAGAAGUGCUGUGAAGUGCAUGAAACCUGGGGUUCGAUGACCUGGGAAGAAAGAAUGGCAGAGUGCGCUAAACUUGUCAGGAUUUUUGAAAUGGAACUUGGAGGAAUUGUAUCGAGCACAUGUAAAUUGUUAUGGAAAACCGAGAUCUGUAUCUGCCACUGGAUGUGGGGGAGCACCAACAACUUUCUGUACAAAUGUGAAGCCCAAUCCACUGGCUUGACCAACCACAAAUUCAUCCACUUGAUCGACGCCGGCAUUGCCAUAAAUUCCGCCUACCCCCUCGUUCUGCACCCAAAGAGGAAAGUGAAACUGAUCCUCUUCUUCGACUUCAGCGAUGGGGAUCCUUUUGAGACCAUCAAGAAAACUGCCAAGUACUGUGAGGCAAAUUACAUCCCAUUUCCCAAGAUAAACCCAGAAAAGCUGAAGGACACAGAUACCCCCUCCAGUUGCUACAUCUUCAAAGGAAAAGACGUUCCCACCGUCAUGCACUUCCAGCUCUUCAACAAGAAAAAUUGUCCAGGUGAAAUAGAGGACUUCAGAGACAGGUUUACCACCUUUACUUCAUCCUACCCAGAGGAUGAUGUCAAACAACUCCUCAAAAGAGCAAAGAUGAAUGUAUCAAACAACAAGGAGAGGAUUCGGAAGGAGAUCCAGCAGAUUGUGUCCUCCUCUCAUGAAGGGCAGAAAAUCUGUGUCUGGCUCUGA